AACUAUAGCUAAAAAACGCCCCCCAACUCAUCGACAAGUGAUCGAUGAAUUUCGGAUACUUCCGGAGUUCAUCGGGUCACUGGUCAUCGGUCUCGGUCACCAACUUGAGACCCCCCCCAAAUCAGUCUUACAACGUAUCUCCAACGUACCGGUCAAAGUAAUUCUACCUUUUCGAAUUAUUCAACGUUUCUCAACUAAAUUUCGAACCUCAACGAUCCACGAUUUCACACGGGUGAAACUCAACAAACAUUGUGCAAUUUGUAUAGUUUUACAACUAGUGACAAUAAAACCACGAAGUUUUUACAAAUUAGUGUCGUGUGUCUUCAAUUGCAUCUUGCUACACCAAUCCCAAUUUUUCCAACGCCCGACCACCCAAAACAACGAUCCUCAACUAAACAUUGGUCCUUCGAGCCGGAUGGUGCGGUAAAAAACAGUGAAAAAAUUGUGAAAGUGUGGUGAAAAUUCAACGGAAAACCAACAAGGACGCCAAGUCCUAUAGUGAAAUCAACGGCCCGUGGAAUAUUCUGGAACAUUCCAACGAUAAACCCAACAACAUUCCAACGAUAAUCCCAACGUUAGAACAAUAAGAAUUUAUUGCCCUCGACCCUUGGUGUUAACUUUGUUUACAUUCCGUCGGGUCUCAAAUUUCCCUGACCGCGUGUGUGACCAUUCGUGAGUGCUCGGCCAACUUCGCUCAACUUCGCCAGUAGUCCCCCACUUACUGGGACACUGCUCCACGAGUGAGGUCGCACCCCACUCAACGUCAACUCAACGGUCGGUACAGCGCAGCGGUCGGUAAAGCUCAACGGUCGGUAACGUAGUUAUCAGUUACCAGCAUGGCAGAUGAUAGAGAGUACGAGCCAACCCAACCCAUUGAGAUCAACGUCGAGAUCAACCCCGUACCUCCAAUCGUCGUCAACCCUCCAGAGACGCAAGCUCCAACCACACAGGAGCAUGAAGACUGGGCAACCGCUGUGGAAACUUUUCCUUCAGUCAACAUCUCAAAUAUUAAAACGAGGAAGUCCGAAAUACCAACGAUGCCAUCAACUUCAAGUACACCAACGCAGCUCUCAACAGGUACAGCCAAUCAACUAGAGUUUCUGGAAGACCGAAUACUUGAAUUCAACGCAAUUGAUGAGGAACUGAGGGAAUUAAGAGCCUCAGAUACAACGUUGGAGGAACUCAACGGCCAUGAGGAAUAUUUAAAGGAUGCCUGGACUGAAUUUGCUGAGCGAUCACAGGCAUUGAUUGCUAAUCUACCUGCUGAUCACAGCUACAUGACGGGAAAGGCAUUCCUCAAAACUGGAGAAUUAAAACGGCAGACGCUGAAGAGGAUCUGGAAACUUAAAGGGGAAAUAUCAACGAAGGAGAAAUUAUCCGCGGGUAGAACAACGACCACUCAACUGAAAAGAAUUGACCUCCCAAUAUUUCAAGGAAAAUUUUCCCAGUGGAAAGAGUUUGCUGAUCUUUUUCAGAAUCUGGUUGGGAGAAAAUCAGACAUGUCGCCUGCAGAAAAGUUGGUGAGGCUGAAGGAGGCUCUUAAGGGACCCCCAGCUGAGUUGAUCUCGUCCUUCACUGCUACGGACAUCAAUUACGAGAAGGCAUGGGACAAACUUCAACGGCAUUAUGAGAAUCCACGUCUCAUCGCCGGACACCUCUUCAACAGGGUGCUCAACUUGCGGCCAAUGGCUAAGGGAGACGCCAAGGCCAUGAUAACCAACGCACACAUUGCUCGUGAGACAGUGGACCACCUGAUCAGCACCGCCGGGAUUCCCAAAGAGGAUUUGGGUGAGCAAUUCGUUUUUCACUUGCUCAAGCGAUCAAUGGAGGCUGAUACUCGCACCACGUGGGAACAGAGGCUGGGAACAUCAACAAAUUUCAUACCUCUGCAGGAUUUAGUCAACUUCCUGGAGUCAACAGCAAGAGGCAUGACUCCAGAUGAUCAACACGAACCAACGGUUCAUCAACGGCCAAAGGAGAAAAUUCAACGUGGUAAAUCACCACCUCGAGCACGCGUUUAUCAUGCCGCCGAAGCAACAGCUCAACGAAAGGAGCCUCAACAUAUUAAGCCUGCUGAUUGCUGUGCAUAUUGCAGCGCCAAGCAUUUCAUUGGAAGGUGCCCAACAUUUCUCAGCCUCUCAGCGCAGAAAAAACUAGAGUUUCUGGCAACAACUCGACUGUGUUACAACUGCUUCGGUACACACCUGGUGACAAGAUGCAAGUGCACCAAAUCCUGCAUGAAAUGCCAAAACAGGCACCACACGCUGUUGCACAUGGACCCAAAGGACAGAGAGAGGACAUCGACAAUCAACAGCGGUCCAGAGCAACCAUCAACGAGUGCGGAAUCAGGUCGUUCAACAUCAACACAAUCAACUAAAGUCAACGAGAAAUCAACAGCUUCAACGACUAGCCAGGGGAUUUACGCCCCCCUGAGUCAAGUCGAAGAAUCGACUCAACGGAAUUCGGUCAACGCAGAGGACGCUAAGUUCUCCCACAAAUCAACGGAUCAACGACUAGUGCUCUUGGCUACAGCUAAAGCUAGGGCAUUCUCCAAAAGCGGAUUCUACACGAUCGCCAGAAUCCUCAUCGACCAAGGCUCAGAGCUUUCAUUUAUUUCGGAAAGCCUGGUUCAUCAGCUUCAACUACAACGACGACAUUCAACGAUUGAACUCAUCGGAAUUGGUGGAAAACACGCAUGUUCAACGAGAGGGAUUGUGGCAAUCACGCUCCAAUCAACGAAACAGCCAUUUCAACAGGUUGAGAUCAACGCCCACAUCCUGCAAAAGCUAACCUCACGGUUACCAACGUUCUCAUGCUCAUCUGCAUCAAUCGGAUCACUGCAGCAGCUUCAACUGGCAGAUGAGAGCUAUUCAACACCUGGACCUAUCAACAUAAUAAUCGGAGCUGACAACUACGGGAAAAUCAUCGGCAACGGGAUUGAAAAAUCCAACCAUGAUCAAUUAGUUGGCCAACUAACAACAUUCGGAUGGAUCUUAUCCGGUCCAUUAUGCAACACAACGUCUUCAACGAGGACCUCCUUAUCCGCGGCAAGGGGAUCUUCCAACGAACAAUUAACGGAGCUUCUACAAAGAUUCUGGGUCCAGGAAGAACCACCAAUCUCAACAAAUCCAACCAACGAGCUCACACCAGACGAAUUAGAGUGUGAAGAACACUUUCAACGCACUCAUCAACGAGACACGUCUGGGCGCUACAUUGUGCGAUUGCCACUUCGCACAUCAACAGCAGCGCUCGGAGAAUCGAGGAAUAAAGCGCUUCGUCAGCUCCAGUCGGUGAAACGAAGACUAAACGCUAAUCCUGACUACAGCAAACUCUACUAUGACUUUAUCAACGAAUACGAAGCACUUGAUCACAUGCGACGUAUACAACAAAUAUCAGAACCAGCAACAAACUACUACCUGCCACAUCAUGGGGUUCUGAGGGAAGAUUCACUAACUACGAAGCUUCGAGUAGUCUUCAACGGCUCCAACAAGACAUCAACGGGUAUCUCACUCAACGACAUCCUCCACGCGGGCGGAAAGCUUCAAGUGGAUGCAAUGGAUGUACUAACAUGGUUGAGACGACAUCGACUCGUCUUCGGCACCGACAUCGUUAAGAUGUUUCGACAAAUCAACGUACACCCUGACGAUUGGAAUCUUCAACGCAUUCUUUGGAUAGACGAAAAUCAACAACUUGUGACAUACCAACUAACAACGGUCACAUAUGGACAGAAAUGCUCUCCAUGGCUCUCUUUGAGAGUUCUUCAACAACUCGUCAACGAUGAAGGUCAACGAUUCCCUGCAGCAGUGCUACCGCUAACUAAAGGCCGUUAUGUCGACGACAUUUACGGUGGAGCGGACUCUGAGGGAGAAUUCAAAGAAAUGAUAAUUCAACUUCAACAGAUCUGCCAGGCGGGCGGAUUUCCACUUCAAAAGUGGACCAGUAAUCGCCCAGAGAUACUCCAACAGCUCAACUUGUCAACGGGACCGGCAGGUACAGUGCAAUUCGAGGAAGCAGUCAUCAAAACGCUCGGAUUGUGCUGGCAUCCAGCAACAGAUUUAUUUCAAUAUAAAUCUAGAACAUUCAACUCAACGAGCUUCACCAAGAGGGUACUGCUAUCGGAAAUAGCUCAAAUUUUCGAUCCUCUUGGAUUCAUCGCACCAGUCAUUGUUCGAGGAAAAAUACUCAUCCAAGAACUAUGGCUGCUUAAACUCGCUUGGGAUGAUCAACUUCCACUCGACUAUGUUCGAAGGUGGAAAGAGUUCAGGGAGGAACUCACGCAACUAAAUCAACUGUCCAUCCCAAGAUGGCUGAAUCUAUCUCCAACGACUACCAACGUACAAAUACAUGGAUUUGCCGACGCAUCAACAGCUGCCAUGGGAGCAGUCGUUUAUCUACGAGUUCAACGAAACAACGAAACACCAACAAUCAGCUUGGUGUGUGCCAAAACAAGAGUUGCACCACUGAAAAAGCUGACGAUUCCACGCCUGGAGCUAACCGCGGCCCUUCUGCUAACAAAAAUUGUCAGCUGGGCACAACGCACAUUGGAAAUCAACGGAGAGACAUACCUUUGGUCUGAUUCUUCUGUAGCUUUGGCAUGGAUCAACAGCCAUCCAUCGAGAUGGAAGGAAUUCGUUCACAAUAGAGUAACGAAAAUCCAGGAAGAGUUACCAACAGCCGUAUCGAGACAUGUUGGUGGGAUUUACAACCCUGCUGACUGCGCUUCACGUGGCAUUUCACCGAGUCAACUCAACGAACAUCACCUUUGGUGGAAAGGGCCUGACUGGCUAGCAAAACCGUCGUCAGACUGGCCACAAAAUACAACCAGUGCUCCAACGGAAGUCUCUCUUGAAGAGAGACCAGCAACAGCUCACCCAGUAGCUGCUGAAGCUAGGCAGCAUCCACUGACAGAGUUCCUGAACAGAUAUUCUACUUUAUCAAAAGUAUUACAAGUCACCGCAACGAUGAAUCGAGCCAUCCAACGACUUCGACGACAACCAACGCCCGAUUCAUCAGUAUUAACAACGAUAGAACUCAACGAAGCGAGGACAUUCUGGGUUAAGGUAACACAACACCAAUACUUUGAAUCUGUGUUUCAGAACUUGAACAGAGAUAUUCAACUACCUCGCCAACAUCCACUGGCCAAGCUCACCCCGAGAAUUGAUGAUCAAGGAAUUCUCAGGCUUGGUGGACGACUAAAGAACUCAUUGCUUGAUCCAGACGAGACUCAUCCAAUUAUCUUACCACGACAAUCUCGCCUGACAACGCUCAUCAUCAACGAAGCUCACCAGAAAACACUCCACGGAGGAGUUCAACUCACCAUGGCUCACAUCAGACAACGAUACUGGAUCGUUGGUGGCAGAAAGUCAGUGCACGCAUCAAUUCUGCGCUGUGCUGUCUGCACCAGAUUCAGGGCAACAAGAGCCCAACAGUUAAUGGGUCAACUUCCAACAGCCAGAGCAACGCCUUCAAGACCAUUCCUGCAUACUGGAGUGGACUAUGCAGGGCCACUUCCAAUCCUGAAGUGGAGACCAACGAACGCGCAACCAUCAACGGUUCAUAUAGCGGUUUUUGUGUGUUUCACAACCUCAGCUGUUCACCUUGAACUGGUCAACAGACAAACAACGGAUGCAUUUAUCGCAGCAUACAAAAGAUUUACUGGAAGGCGAGGCAUUCCAGCUAUCAUGUAUAGUGACAAUGCAACGACAUUCGAAGGAGCAGCCAACGAACUCAACAGACUAUACAACCAAGAAUCUCCAGAUAACCAACAAAUUAGAGCUGCUCUUGCUUCCAACGGAACCCAGUGGAAAUUCAUCCCACCAAAUGCUCCUCACUUCGGAGGCAAGUGGGAGGCCGCUGUAAAGUCAACGAAGUAUCAUCUACGACGAGUAUUAGGAACAACAACUUUAACAUACGAAGAGCUCAACACGAUCCUGAUACAAAUCGAGGCCUGUCUCAACUCAAGGCCUAUUCUUCCGAUGAGAGAUGACCCAGAUGACCUUCAGGCUCUUACACCAGGGCAUUUCCUCAUCGGAGAACCUCUUCAACUACUCCCGGAGCCAUCUCAACUCAACACAAAUAUCAACAAAAUCACACGAUGGAAUCUGGUGACCCAGAAAAUACAACAAUUCUGGUCGAGAUGGUCCAGGGAGUGUCUCCAACGUUACCACUCCAUCUACAAGUGGAAUCAACAGCAACGCAACAUUAAGGUGGGAGAUAUGGUCCUGAUGAUCAAUGAUGAUCUCCCUCCAGCACGUUGGCCACUGGCGCGAGUCAUUGCGGUAAGGCCAGGGGCUGAUGGCCUAGUGAGAGUCGCAGAACUGCUCACAGCAACACCAGAAGUCCCAACGAAUCCAGAUGGAUCACCAUCAACACAGAACAUUCGGGUUCAACGACAUCAAUACACCAGACCGAUAGCAAAACUUUGCUUGCUACCAACGGACCCAACACCAGCAGACCAACAAGAGGACAACUAGAGAUUACCAUCAACAGAGGAUUCAUCACGCCUGAUGAAUGCGGGCGGGAUGUUUAAACUAUAGCUAAAAAACGCCCCCCAACUCAUCGACAAGUGAUCGAUGAAUUUCGGAUACUUCCGGAGUUCAUCGGGUCACUGGUCAUCGGUCUCGGUCACCAACUUGAGACCCCCCCCAAAUCAGUCUUACAACGUAUCUCCAACGUACCGGUCAAAGUAAUUCUACCUUUUCGAAUUAUUCAACGUUUCUCAACUAAAUUUCGAACCUCAACGAUCCACGAUUUCACACGGGUGAAACUCAACAAACAUUGUGCAAUUUGUAUAGUUUUACAACUAGUGACAAUAAAACCACGAAGUUUUUACAAAUUAGUGUCGUGUGUCUUCAAUUGCAUCUUGCUACACCAAUCCCAAUUUUUCCAACGCCCGACCACCCAAAACAACGAUCCUCAACUAAACAGAUCUUUUUUAUUGUAAAUUUAAUUUACAACAAGAAAGGUCUCUUGACAAAAUGCUGUAAAAGAGCCUAUUAUCGAGAUAAUUAAUGAUAAACAAUCGCGGGCAAAUUUCAGAGGGGAUAGCUCGCGAUUUUCGCCUAUUUAUUCGAGGUUUCGAAAUAUAUACUUGGCCGAUACGCUCCCGCGUAUCUCGAUUUGCAAUAUUAGAUAAAAUUGUAUUUUUGUUAUUAGGAUCGGAAACUGAAAAAUAU